AUGUGUGAUCGCAGUCUCUACAGAUCUGGCUACGUUGGUUCUCUCUUGAAUUUGCAAUCGCCAGAUUCCUUUUAUUUUCCUAAUUUGCGGGCUAAUGGCAGUCAAUUGGCGGCUCUGCCCACCAUUUCCUACCCCCGGAGCUCGAUCCCCUGGACUUGCUCAAGUUCGUGCGCAGCCCAGCCGCAGAGCCACGCGUUCGGCGGCGCGGCGCAGCCUUACCUCCCCGGCUCCGUUCCAAUCAACAUCAGCUCCAACGGCAACAAGGAGUGCCUGGAAGACAACAAUAAAUAUUACGCCCACGAUACGAGCUCCAAACAAGAGGAGAGAUGCAGGCAGAGGCAAUCUUUUGCAAAUGACCCAACUGUUACUCACACAGCCAACUUAAAGCCCGUAAAGUAUGACCACUCGAGCCUGCAGAGAAGUUUGCAUGGCUCGGCUACUCUUUUUGAAGUGAAUUCCUGCAAUUCAAGCUUAAAGGAGGACAUCAAGAAUCCCGUCAACUUGAACCUGACAGUUCAGCCCGCAGCAGUCCAGUCAUGCCUCAGACCUUCAGUGCAGGAUGGUUUGCCUUGGUGCCCCACCCAGGGGAGAUCAAGAAAGAAACGGAAACCAUACACAAAACAACAAAUUGCUGAAUUGGAAAACGAGUUUCUCCUCAAUGAGUUUAUUAACCGACAGAAGAGGAAAGAACUAUCAAACAGACUGAAUUUAAGCGAUCAGCAAGUUAAAAUUUGGUUUCAGAAUCGGAGGAUGAAAAAGAAAAGAGUAGUUAUGCGAGAGCAGGCUCUUUCUAUGUACUAG